AUUAUCACUAAAUAAUAUUAAUAGAUAAUUUUAGUGAGUGCCAGUUGUAAAAAAAUGAUGGAUGAUGAGAGUUAUGGAAUUAUUGACAAGGACAGUUAUUACAAGGAUCCACCCAGGGUGGAAGACCUCUCUGAACUCGUUAAUAACACUUUGGAAUCCGUUAAACCUAGACUUCCAAAAAAUUACGAUGAAGAGGUUUUGAAGGAAUUAUUACUGGAGUUAAUGUUGGUUGAGAAGAAAUGCCGGCAGAAAUUUGACGGGGAGUCUAAUUCUUUAAUUUGUAACUUUAUCUUGACUCUUUUGUACGAUUUUAAUGAUUUUAAUAACAUGUUCUACUACUUGGUGUUACUAUGCAAGAAGCGUGGGCAGUUGAAGACCACGAUUGUUUCCAUGGUUGACUUGGCUGAGCGCUGGCUUGACUCCAUUCCAAGCCUUGAGGUUCGUCUCGAGCUCUUUAACACUCUCGACAAGAUUACUCUUGGGAAGAUUUACCUUGAAAAGCAGCGUGCUCAGAUUAUUUUUAAGCUUGCCAAGCUUAAGGAAGACGAGGGAAAUAUUAAAGAAUCAGCUUCCAUAUUACAGAAUAUUGAGGUUGAGACGUAUGGUAGUUUGAAUAAGUUGGAAAAGAUAAGAUAUAUAUUAGAGCAGAUGCGAGUGAAUUUGCUUAACGGUGACUAUAUUCGUUUCUUUAUGACUAGUAAGAAGAUAACCGAGUCUGCUUUGGACGAUUAUGUUCCCGAGAAGCUCCAGUUCUAUGACUUCAUGAUACAGUAUUACCACCACGAUUUCGAUAUAGAAAACGUCACCAAAUCACUCUACACCAUCUACUCCACCAAGAAAAAACUAUUUCUAGACUCUACCAAUUCAACUGAUGAUUCACCCAGUAACAUAGACCAACAAUACUAUCAAGAUUAUUUAACCGUGUUGGAGAAAUUAUUGUUAUAUUUGAUAUUAUUAUCAUUGAACGAAGAGAAUAUAGAAUACAUGAAGAAGGUGAAUGAGGAUGAGAAAAAGUUCAUAAAACAGUUGUUGACUGUUUCUCCUUUUUUCCAGCAAUUUCUCAACAACUUCCUCAUCCCUCAUCAGCUUGACGAUGCACUGGUUGAAAAGAUCAACAGUAUGUUGGACGAGCGAUGUAGUAAAUUGUUAUAUGACCGGAUAAUUCAACACAACGUUAAAAUAGUUUCAAAAUACUAUAACAAAAUAACCCUCGAGCGUUUAUCAACACUAUUAAACAUUAAUUCAGACAAAUUGGAGAAUGAAAUUAGUAACAUGGUGGAGAUGGGAAUAAUUGAUAGUAAAAUCAACCGUAUAACGGGAAUUGUUAAAUUUCAAAAGAAACUACAAACUGAAAUUAUACUCAACAACUGGGUCAACAAUAUUACAAAGUUGAUGGAAUUGGUUGACCAGUGCUCUAGAUUAGUUCAGAAGGAGAAGAUGAUCCACGAGGCUAGAUCAAAACAAAUCCAACUUGAUACACAAUUUUCAUCCUGAUUUUUUUCCGCCACUUUUACCAUUUUCACCCCAAAUUUAAUAUUCCUCCCG